AUGACGAGGGGCAAGGCAGGCAGUGCGUGGCGACGGCGUUGCUGCGAAGGGCGGCGGCGGUGGGGCUCGCCCGCAGGGGUUUCAGGAUUCUCCCUGCUGCUCUCUGCCCACCCCGCCCAGUGCGUCAUGAUGACUUACCACAUUCGUGAGUACCGUCCCGGGGACUACGAGACAGUGCGUGAGCUGUUUGCCACAGGGAUGAGCGAGUACGUGCCCACCCUGUGCAUACAUAUGCUGAAGCAGCCGUGGGUGAUUCUGGUCCUCACCUGCACCUUCAGCCUCUUGCUCACCAGCUCCAAAUCACUGCUGCUGCCCAUCCUUGCUGUCACCCUGCUGUUAGCCAUGGGCCGGCAACUGCUGGGCUACUUCUGGUCUAUGUACAUUGACCGCUGCCUGCAGGAGGACCUGCUGGAUAUCCAGGCCACGUACCUUGGCCACAAAGGCUCUUGCUUUUGGGUGGCCGAGGUAGAUGACUGCGUGGUGGCUACUGUUGGCGCCAGGCCCUCUGAGGAACACCACAAAGAGCUCAUGUUGAAGCGUAUGUCUGUUCGGAAGGACUACCGGGGCCUUGGCAUUGCCAAGGCUCUCUGCAAGAUUGUGAUCUGUUUUGCUCGGGAGCAUGGCUACUGUUCCGUGGUGCUGAACACCCUCAUGGUCCAGCAUGAAGCCCGUGCAAUGUACGAGGGGGUUGGCUUCCGCAAGUAUCACCACUACGUUCUACCGACUGUCUACGGCAGGCUGGCCAGCUGUACUGUUUCCAAGUAUCGCUAUGACAUUCCCAGUGCAGACUGAGGAAGCUGCUGAAGGGUUCUCUCUGGCAACUGGAUGGAUCUGUCCUGUCGUCCCAUUUCUCCGUCCUGCACCUGGGGCACCACGGGCAGGGGAAGCGGUUAGGUUCACAUACUGCAGAAAGAUGCAUCUCCGCCCCUGGAUGCUGAUUUUCGGAGGGCUUUCAUGGCCUCCCAAUAUUUUAGCAAUGUGGGAAGGAAAGUACCCUGUUUCCCCACAACGCCUUUGCAAGAGAGAAAGAAUUGUAUGUUUUCAUUUGCAGAGAAAGAGUAAUUUUCCAUCAGCCCUGUUUCCUGCGGCUUUGGUAUUAAUAGUUCCAAAGUCACAUACAGGCAGUCCUUUUUCACACGACAACUAACUGCCCCAGUGUGCCAGAAAAGACUGUUGGCUGUUCUCGUGGAGGGGGCUUUUUUGCCUACUGUGCUUGACUUGGUAGGAACAGUUUCUUUCAUCCUGUCACACUGAUACAGCAUUAUCUACCCAUUUUCUUCCAGGGUACACAGCACUUUGCAUUCUGCUGACUUUGAUACACAAGAAAUGUGGUCUCUCUUUCCCGAUCUGAGGCUUGUUUCUCAGAAUGAGAACUCCUGCAAUGUACCCCAUUACUACAGCAUUCAUACUGAUCCCCAGAUGAGUGUGCUGGAUACCUUGGAGUAGCUUCCCGAUGCGAUGGAUUUCAGCUCCUUGGAUUCCCAGCCCCAGUGCACCCAGGAGGUGGCAGGCUGGAAGAGGCUGCCUUGGACUGCGUUGUGUCCCUGGGUCUUUUUCGAGCCAUGUUUCUACCCAAGGAAUCAUGUUUCUUGUUUCCCCAAAUUAGGGGACAGAAAUUGUUUCUCUUAUAUUGAUCUUCUCUUAGAAAUAUGGAUGGAUGGUGUAAAUGAAGGAUCAAAAAUUAAUUUCUACAGGAAAAUAUCCCCACAAGGUGUUUUUCUCCGUAUGAACAAGCCCCAGAUCUUUUAUCCCUGUUUUAUAGGGGCAGUAUCUGAACCCUUCAGUCAUUUGAAUCAACCGUUUCCUCAGCCCUCCCAUUCCCCUGCUUCCCCAAAUAAUUGAAGGUGAAGAAGCAAGAGGGGAAAUAAUUUUAAACUUCGCUGGCAGACCUCCAUUUUCCAGGAGUUCCUGUUUUAAAGUUUCUUACAGAGUCUGCCAUCCGCCAGGUUGAACAUACUGAUGCACUGUAAUCUACCUAGCUAGGAAUUGUUAGCUUUAAGGACUGAGAUAUAAAAAGGAGUUUAUUCUGAAAAUGAAAAUAUAGGCAAAAAUUGAAAAAAAAAUAAUAAAGCAGCAAAUCUAUACAAAAUCCUGGUAAAAUCAAUACAGUCAGUCUAGCUAAAGUUACUUUUUACCAGCUGUUAGCUUUCAGCCCAUGGUCAAGGUUCAUUGUGGAGAGAACUUUUGGAGAGAGAUCAUCUGGGCCUCCUGCUUGGAUGUUGAUAGGCGGGCCCUCCCUGCUGUUCGUCUUUUUCUCUUCCUCCGUUGAGCAGUAGCAUCAGUUUUACAGAAUGUGGAAUAGGAGUGAAAGCCAGCUUCUUUGAACAGUCGGACUGUCGCUUUCCACAAUCAAGAAAACUGCUACAUCUCUGAUGUUGUAGAUCUAGCCAGCAAGUCGGGAAUUAUCUAGUGGCUAAAUUAAGCUUCUUAAGAACCCCAAGUGAAAUGAUAAAGAUGCAGCCUUGUUUUCCACCAGUUGGGUGGCUGUAUAAAUGGGAUUGCAUCAGAGAGGAUUUCUGGGGAAACAAAAGCUGAAUUUCAUUUGUUCAGGCUUUCGGUAUUGGGAACUGUUGCAUCAUGUCAAAACCUAGGGGUUGUUACACUCCAUUUUUAGGAAAAGUUAGAAAACGCAGCACUGGAUUUGAGGUUUCCUAGUUAGGAAGAAAGUAGGGUGGAGUCCUUGGGAUUUUCUGAGCUUGGCUGUUUUCACAGUUCAACUCUGAGCUACAUAUAUUCUCUUCUAAAAAGCAGGGUGUAAGAGCAGACACUUGGUUGUCCAUGAUGCAGAGAAAGUGGAAUGCUGGAGAUGCUUCUCAUAAUCCUGGAACUGGUUACCAAUCUGAGAUUGAGGACAGACAAAAAAGAAAUAUUUCUACAGUAUUUACUGAAAACAUGGUAUUUACUUGCACAAGAUGAGUUGGCUUGGAAAUGGGGCUGGACCGAGAGACCUUUGGACUGAUCCAAUAGGACAUUUUGGUACCAAGGAGAUGGCGGUCAAGCCUUUGCCCUCUGCCAAAUUUCUUAGUAGGAAGGAACAUGCGUGAAUAUGAAGCCUGCUUUAGGAAAUUUUAAAAAACAGCCUCAAACAGUUGAAGAAUUUUUGAUUGUUGGGCGAUGGGAUAGGGUGCUGCUAUUUCGAAUGGAUUGGGUCCCUUUAUCUUCAAAUCUUUGUGCCUACGCCAGUUUUGAAUGUCUUGCUGUGUGAACAGUGACCCUGUUGUCCUGUUAGUUCGUGCAUUGGUGUUGUACAGUGCGGGGAAAUAAAGUUAAUCAUGCUUUCUUGAAACAUUGCUACUCCCGAUACUUGUUUAUGUUACGACAUCUGAGUUCCAGUACAGUAUAUGUUGGAAUGCGGGCCAGGCGGGGGGGGAAUGACAGAAGCCUUUUGUGAGCAUCAUUUCUGCUCUUCUCCUGGAUAUCAUACCACAAAUUUUAACUCAGUACUAACAGAUAUGUAAAUGAGCAUGUUAUCUCCACAGUU